CGCUGGAGUAAAUCUGGGGUUCUCCGUCGAACGUGAGUCGUGAAUGUAUUUUCAAGUUGUUGUUGUGCAGAUUUACUGUCACAGUACUGUGAAUUGUUUUCUCUAAUUUGCCGACUGGCGACGUAAAUUGGGAUUCCAAACGAUGAGCGGACAGUUCAAGAAAUUUGUCUCUGAGGAAGAGGUGCAUGAGCAGCGCCAGAAGAGACAGGAGGAGUGGGAGAAAGUUCGUCAGCCAGAUGACCCUGUUGAAUGUCCAGAAGAAGAAACCAGGUCUUUGUUUGAUCAGUUGCAGGCGAACAAGGAUGUGAAAGAUAGAGAGUUGGAGGAAGACAGCAGACUUCGGAGUAGUGUGAAAGGUCUGGAUGACGAGGAGGUUCAGUUCCUUAACUAUGUGUCCAACAGACAGAUGCAGAUUGAGAAGGAUCGGAACAGUGAGGAGCAGUCCGUUAUUAAAGAACUAAAGAGCAAGUCUGUGAUAACUGUAGAGGAUAAGAAAAGGGCGUCGGCCACAGCGAGUUCCUCAUCCACUUCCUCCAGCUCUGGCUCGUCUUCCAGCAAAAAGUCCCAGCUGCAGCUGCUCUCUGGUGCUAUUAAAAGGAAAAGUACAGAUUCAAAGUCAGAAACAGAUGAGAAAAAAGCCAAGCCUGAUGAAGAAGAAGAGCGACCUGAUGCCAAACUGAUGGCUAAUCUUCCUCCCAGCAACGGCAUGAUGCAGGUGGCUGGCAUCUUACCGGGCAUCGCAGACUACGACGACGAGGACAGCAGCACAGAGAACACCAGCAACUCGAGCGACUCGGAGGCUGACCACGUUAUCAUGCCCAACAAGGCAGUGCAGAGAGUAUUGCAGGAGAUUGCUCAGAAAAUGAAAGCAGAAAAUAAGUAAUGGCUUGUUGGUAUGUUUGCGUGAGUGUGUGGAUGUGUUUUUUGCAGGCGCACUGUGAGUGUUUGUAAGGGUGUGUGUGUGUGUGCAGAUGUACUGUGAACAUGUGUUUGUGUGAGUGUGCAUGUUUGUGUGUGCUUGUAUGUGUAUAAGUGUGUUUAUGCAGGUGCACUGGACUGUAUGUGUGUAUAUGUUGACAGGUGAGUGUAGGAGUGCUUGUACUUCUUUAUCCUUCAUGCUUGUUCAAAGCUCACUCGAAUUAUGAGUUAGUAAUAUGGACUUGAUAUUACCUUUUUAUCAGUUUCACUAUGGGUGAAUUAUUCUUUCAGUUUUGGUUUUGAAGGGAAAGGGGAAGAUUGUUGGGCUUUAUUUGCACGCGAUUUGAAUUGUUGUUAUGGGAGUUUUAAAGGGUAGUCUUGAUGUUCACUUUUGUAUGUGAUGACUGAUGAAAAUGGUGAUGGAUAAUAAAAUAUUAUCACUGAA